GUCGGUGGCAAAUAAAGUUAUUUGACGGUAAAACUUACAACUGAUAAGAGGCAGCCAGAAGUGACUAAAACAAAGGAAUAAAGUUAAAUUACAUAUAACAUCUAAAACAAAAAUAUCAAUGUGUUUUUAAUUAAAUGUAAACAAUUUUAACAUCGGCAGCUGGUUUUAUGAUAAAAUGGAAAAUAUGGGUCGUUUACGUAGGCCGGCCACAGCUGGUGGUAAUGAAACACAACUAUUGCUAAAAUCAUCACCGAAUAUAUUGGAAAAUUUUCCCUACGAAGAUUUUAAAUCGAAAUUAGAUCGCACACAACCGAAACGUAUGACCUCACCGCCCAUACGCAACCAUCAAAUGCGACGUUCGAAGUCACCGUUAUUCUGUGAUACUUUAGAGCGUCAUGCCUUUAUGCAGAAUGUUAUCAACACAAAACCCUUUCACAACUAUGAGGCUCGCUAUUCAUCGCCCAGCCAAAAGGAGGCCACCGUUAGGAAAAGUUUAGAGGAAAUUUCCAAAGAUAUAAAGGAAAUAGAAGAUUUUCUAACGGCCACGGAAAAUGUGUUGCGUGAAGAGAAGGAACUAGAUAAAGCAGAAAUGAAAAAGAAACGCUCCAAAGUUGAGGGUAGUCCGAAUAAGGAGAAUAAGUCUCCUUCUCCUAAAAGCAUGUCACGCAAGAAUUCUGCCAAAAGCAUUAACUAUAAAAUCAAUUCUUUCCGCAAUCGCAAAAAGAAACCAGGCUCUCCCAGAUUCAUUAAUUCACGUUUGUAUUUUCGUAAUGGCCGCAUAGGUUGUUUGGAGGCAGAAAAUGCUGCCUCAAAUGUGGAAAGUACUCAUGCUUUGGUUAAACAUAUUUUAAAAUAUGAAAAUGAGAAACCUCUAGUAAGUCCAGAAAGUGUGAGAAGGGUUUUAAGCGCUGCUGCACCAUCACCACCUCCAUUGGCAGAGGUUAGGCCUAGAAGGGUUUCAACUGCUAGCACAGCACCCUGUACUUUACCGGGUCAAAUUAUCGAAGAUUUGAAACGACAAGAUGAGGAAUCAUUUGAAAUGCAACCCUCACAAGACGUUAUUACCAAAGCUACGGGAAAGGUAUUACUAGACUUAGAAGAUUCUGGUGUGCAAAACUCUCCGCAAACCGAAAGUUUUGGUUCUAGUAAUCAACCCUUGGUAGAUGAGGAUGAACAAGAUGUACAGAUCUGUUACGAUGAAAUGCCCGAAAUACCCAAUGAAGAACAAAAUAUGGGAGCACUUAUGGAUAGUGAGGUAGAUCGUGUGGAUGCUGAUGCGCCUGUUAAUGUAAGCAUUAAUCGUUUGUCUAGUGCCGGUAGUUUAGAUUCGCAGGAUGAGCAGUUUUUAAGAGAUCAAGUUAGACAUUUGGUAAGACGUUUUACAGCUAGAGCCAAUAAAAUGAAAACACGUUUAGAAAUGCCGCCCACACCCAGCAGUAGUGCUUCUUCACCCUCACCGCCACCACCACCUUUAAAUAACAAACGCAAUUUAAUCAACCGUAAUGUCCAGUCACCAGGCAAAAGAUCUGCUAUAAUAACUCCCCAACAAUCCCCCAAUAAAAAACCUUUAUUUGUGGCUGAUACACCUCGUUCCAAUGUUUGGCUUUGUUCUAGUCUCUGCAGCAGCAAUGACAAUCAAAAGACCUUAGAUCCUCAGGGUAAAAUGUAUAUAUCCUGGUUGUGUGUGGUCUCCAUAUCGUUUCUCUAUAAUGCCUGGGUUAUACCCUUGAGAUCAACAUUUCCCUUUCAAACACCCGAAAAUACAAAUAUGUGGUUGAUAAUGGAUUUCUGUGCUGAUAUAGUAUAUCUUGUGGAUGUGGUGUUUUUCAAACAUCGUAUAAUGUAUUUGUUUGAGGGUUUUUGGGUCAAGGAUAAAAAUCUCACUCGGAAAAAUUAUAUGCGAAAGCUGCAGUUCAAGUUGGAUCUUUUAUCAUUGCUGCCCUUGGAGUUGUUAUAUUUCAAAUAUGGCACUAAGGCCGUAUAUUUAAGAUUUCCUCGCUUCCUAAAGAUACAAAGUUUUUGGGAAUUUUUUAAACUUUUGGAUCGUGUUAUAUCUUCACCACAUAUUGUUCGUAUCGCAAAAACUCUACUUUAUAUGCUGUACAUGAUUCAUUUGACUGCAACACUAUAUUACGCUUAUAGUGAUUAUCAAGGUCUGGGCGUAAAUCGUUGGGUUUUUAGCGGCAAAGGACAUCCCUAUGUCAGAUGUUUUGCAUUUGCUACAAAAACGGCAACGUCUAUAGGUAAGAAUCCCAAACCGGAACGAGAAGGAGAAUAUGUUUUCAUGACCGCUGCCUGGUUAAUGGGCGUUUUCGUAUUCGCCUUAUUGAUCGGUCAAAUACGUGACAUUAUAUCCACGGCCACUAGAACUAAAAAUGAAUACCGGCAACUAGAAGAUGAGACCUUAGAAUACAUGAGACGUUUAAAUCUUCCCCAAGAUGUGCAGAAGCGAGUAAAAAUGUGGUUUAAAUUUACCUGGGAUCAGCAGCGUACCUUAGACGAAUCAAAUAUAUUAGACUCUUUGCCGAUUAAUCUUAAAACUGAUAUAGCCAUAUCGGUACACAUACAAACCCUGUCAAAAGUGCAACUAUUUGCCGAUUGUGAAGAAGCUUUACUCAGAGAUUUGGUAUUAAAAUUGAGAGCUGUUACCUUUCUACCCGGUGACUAUGUGUGUCGUAAAGGUGAGGUGGGUCGUGAGAUGUAUAUUAUAAAAUUAGGACAAGUUCAAGUAAUGGGAGGACCGAACAGUGAUACUGUCUUAGCUACUCUCUCGGAGGGUUCAGUAUUUGGUGAAAUCAGUUUGUUGGGUAUAAAUGGUGCCGAUCGGCGAACUGCAGAUGUACGUUCCAAGGGUUAUGCUAAUCUGUUUGUCUUGUCAAAAAGUGAUCUUAAUGAAGUCAUCGCCUACUAUCCUAAUGCACAGGCUAUAUUGAAGAAGCGAGCACGAGCUUUAAUGCGCAAAAAUGCCGCCCGUGAAAAAGAAGAAAGAGCCCGUAGUUCCGAACAAGCAGAUGUGGUUAUUGGUAAUCCUAAGACCCCUGAAAAUCCUCCCAAACUUUUACAAACUGUUAUACAAGCUUUACCCUAUGAAUCACCUGCUGUAAUGCUUAUAACACGUGGCUCAAAACGUAUGCGCAAAAAGCGUCACUCUAUGAAAAUGGAAACUAUAGAAGAUCGUGAAGUGGAGGAAAUAAAUGAGGGUCUUCAUCUUAAAGCCAGAGAUAGUUUUAUGUUACAUCGUGACUCAAAAGCCUAUUCACCCGAUUUGCUGUCAUCGAUACAACGCGAGUUGGAGAAUAAAAAUCAAUUUAUAAAUUUAACCGAUUCAGAAAAAGCUUUGAUUAUUUCCACAUCCAGUACAGAUUCCGUAACAGUUGAAGAUAUUGAAGAAUAUGGAAAGUAAAAUCAAUGGAUAUGGACUUGGAGUACUUAUUUUUGUGAAUAAAAAUUAAAAUUCUGGAUUUCUAGAUUAAGUGAAGAUUCUGCCUAUUAUCAUGUUAUUUUAUUUGUUAAAAAGAUUAUGUUGCCAGUUUUAUGAUUAAUUGUAUGUGUCAAUUUUAAAGACUUCAUCUAGAAGGAUGAAAAUUAUUUUAGGUUAUAAUUAACUAAAUAUAUUUUUGAUGUAAUAUUUUAUGCAUAAAAAUUUUCGAAAAUAGUUCGAAAAAUAAAUGUGCUUUUGUUGUAAAA